CCAUCUUGCUUAUGUUUCAAUAGGUGCUGGUUGGAGGCAGCUAUGUCUACUCUGCCUGGUCAUGAUCAUCCAUCCAAUUCCACUCCGUCCUUAGACGGCAGAGGUGCAGAAUUAGCAUCUCAAGAUGGAAAGCCAACGACAAGGACAGGUCCUAACUACGUAUAUUACUGUCUAUACACCAAACUCGGUGCAUUUGAAUCAAAUCACGCCCUCUACUGCAACGACCGUUUCAUUGGCCGCAUUCCGUCAAAAUCUAUUGCCCCUCCUCGCACGGUGGCGUCUAUCAAGCGCUCCCUGUGCAAACUUGAGGGCCUUUCGGAGCCCGACAAGGCCCUUCUUUUCACACUGCUCUCAAGCCCAGCACCCAAAGAAGACUCUGCGCGCCUCUUUUCGUCCGCUUCUUCUGGGCCAGGCCUAUCCGAACAAGAUCCGAUUGCGCUGAUUGUCGAGUCGGAAAAGAGGACCAAGAACAUAACCCUGUCAGAGAAGCUCCCGGAAUGCUCUGAUGAUACUGAUAUCCACUACGUGUACUAUCGUCUUUACUCAUCAGAAGGAGAUGGAGAUGAAAAGGCAAAGACGUCCUUUGAUGAAAGUGACAUGUCGUUAGGGCGCAUCAACGCCGUCUUCAUCGCUCCCCCUCAUACCGCUGGGUCUUUGAAAGCAUGCAUUGCAAAAGCUGAAGGCCUUGUCACGCCCGGUCAUGCGCUCUACAACGACAUGGAACUCUUCCAAGACACGGAUAGUGAUGCUGCCAUGAGCGACACUGAUGUCAUAUCCUUCCAAGGUGACACUUAUCCGGGUAGCGACCAAGGCGAUCCCGUAGCCCUUGUCAAUGCAACCACCAAUACAGCUGCAGACCAAAAGGCUAAACCUACAUCAGAUGUACCAGAUUCAAAUUUUACGAAACACGCUCAGUUUUUUGAUACUUGGACGUCAGACGAUCAAUCCUGGCUAUCAAGAAACACAGAUGAGAUUGUUUACACGGAUGGAGUGGCAUGA